GCGCUUGUCCCGCCCCUCACUGCUCACGCUGGUUUUCGGGGCUCGUCCACCAUGGACCUGCAGCUGCUGGAGCAUCGUGUUCGGGUCACCAGCAUUGACAAGUCCGGCCUCUGGUUCUAUACUCACCCGCUCGUCAAGUUACUCUUCCUGCGGCACCGGACAAGAUGCAAGUUUUUCAGCUUGACGGAGACUCCAGAAGACUACACGUUGAUGCUGGAUGAAGAGGGAUUUAAAGAGCUUGCAAAGUCCGAAUUCCUACAUGUGGCGGAGAACACAUGGAGAGUCCUGAAUGUGCUGUCCAAUGGAAUACAGACUGGAGGGGUUACAAAGAUUGCAAAGUCUGUCAUUGCUCCCCUGGCAGAGCAUAAUGUGUCUGUACUGAUGCUCUCCACCUAUCAAACGGACUACAUUCUGGUGCGUGAAGAUGACUUGCCUGUGGUGUUCCAAACACUUCUAGGUGAAUUAAACAUCUACAAGGAAGAAAAUGGAGACCUGGUCCCAAUUCUGAGUGAAGAAAGCAACGGUGUGAAGACUAAGAACUUGUGUGAUCUUACUGUUCAUCCUGUGCAAAGUCCAGGAAGCAGGUUCUGUGUCCUCACCCUGGAUCGUGACACCCUGCCAUCGAUCUCUACCAUUCUCUUAGAUGUCCUCUUCUACUCUCAUAUAUCUCGGCAUGGCUCACCUGUAACUUCAAAUGACACAGAGUCAUUUCAUUUCUUUGCCUUCUCCUUGAUAGACGGAUAUAUAUCCAUUGUUAUGGAUGCAGAGACAAAGAAGAAGUUCCCUACUGACCUACUUUUAACAAGUUCCUCUGGAGAGCUAUGGCGAAUGGUGAGAAUCGGUGGGCAGCCUUUGGGUUUUGAUGAAUGUGGAAUAGUGGCACAGAUAGCCGAGCCUUUAGCUGCUGCAGACAUAUCCGCUUACUAUAUCAGCACCUUUAAUUUUGACCAUGCCUUGGUUCCAGAAGAUGACAUUAACUGCGUAAUUGAGUUGCUAAACCAGCGUCAGGAAAAUAAUAGCUAAGUCAGUCUCUGCCUCUAAG